AUGGAGUCGACCACCGCCACUGCGCCGACUGCCUCUAUCUCACAAGCCACGAGCAAUGAAUCAUCCUCUCCUGGUCUACCCAUUCCGAACAUCAUCGGAAUUGCGAUUGCAUGCUUCUUUGUGCUGUUAUGCUUGAUCCUCUUAUCGAGAUGGCUAUACCUGAGGAGGAAGCGUGCUCGCGGAGGCAGGAAGAGUGUAGUGUGGAACAACGGUGGAAAGCACGGAAUGGCAGAGAACGGAGGGAGCACCGUGCGCAUGGUCCAUGGCGGAGGAAGCGCAAGCACUCAGCACCUACCACCCGACGUUCCUCCCAAGGGGCACUACUAUCCCACUUCAACCCCCGUGGGACGACCUCAAGCAGCUUACCCAACUCAAUCUACCAAGGCUGGGUACCAUGAACCUACAACUCCCCGAGGAGGCUAUCACGAGCCCACAACUCCUCGUGGGGGAUAUCAUGAACCUACAACUUCUCGCGGCGGGUAUCAGCAAUCUCAACCUACCACCCCGACGUACGCAACACAGUCCUAUAGUUCCCGCAACCCUUACACUACAAGGUCUGGUUCUGAUAAGAGAUAUGCAUAUCCAAAGUAA